GAGAACCAACUUCUCUCUACCUCCACCUUUAUCUCCACCCACAUCACCUCCGUCUCCACCUCUGACUACACGCCGACCUCAGGCUCAGUCUCCACCGUCUUCUCCUCCCACCCUGGAUGACCCAGUGACCCGGGAGACCACGCCCCAGCCUCUGUUUGAAGCUAUUAUGUCCCAUUCUCAGUGGAGACUCAUCAAAACGGUCCUGUUGAGAAAGAACAAGAACAUAGCUGAGCUGGAGAAGCAUUUAGAGGAGAUGAUGGAGUGGGUUCUCCAUGUGGUCAAUGAGGGAGUGCUGCCCGCCAUGGCCCUUUACCAGGUCCAUCACAUCAGCCAAGACCCGAUGUCGGCCGCUUCCUCCCACAGCAACUGUGUCUCCAUGUCGGCCUCUUCUCAGGGCUCAGACCAACCGGACAUCCUCCAGGGUGUUCUAAGAAGCAGGAGGAGCAGCAGCAGUACCCAGGGAGGGCUGCUGGGAAACAUGGUCCAGGAAAGGGAGGAGAAGGAGGCUUGCACACCCUCGUGUCAGGAAAGCCUCCCUCUCUACACCCAGCAGAAGGAGUGCAGCUCUGCCAGCAAGGAGGAGCAGGAGGAAGAGAACCUGCAGAAGGAGGUGACCUCUCCUUUCUUCUCUAAGUCAGCCACCAGGAGCCCUAGUCCCAGGAGUGAGGCAAACAGUGUUGCUAGUUGCCACGACCUUAACCUCACUGCCCAAAAAAUGCUAGACACUGUUGUGCAGAUGGCACACUCGGCCUCCAGAUCAGUCACUGAUGACGAAGACUGCGAAAGUGACGAUGGCUCCUCCGUCUCGUCCUUCGACCAGGCCGAGUAUGACCUGGACCGCCUGCUGGUGUCCCAAAGCACGGGUACGAGGGUGUUGCAGGCGAGGAUCGACUGCUUCUCAGAGGAGCUGAUUAUUCACCUAUAUCAUCUGCUCCCGGAGACACAGAUGGGACGAUUUCCCUCGUCAUGCCGCUGUCACUACCAGCCCAACGUCCAGUGCCUGGAGGCAAAGCAGUGCUUGGAUUGGGAGCUCUUCAGUCCUCUGAUGUACAACUUCCUCCACUUGGCAUUCAAACAGCUGAUGGAGAACUUCCUUGGCCUGGUCAUCUUUCUUCCGGACGAACGUGUCCCGAUGAACGAUCACCUCAAAUGGUUGUGGAAGGAGGACAGGGCCGACUCCGACAGCAAUGCAUCCAUAGACGACAGUGACAGCAGCGACUCGUGUCUGGACUGGUCCAUCAAGUUUACGCCGGGCCCCAGCCAAGGGAUUGUUGGUCGAAACAUCUCACAGAGUAGGCUGCGGCCAUCUUCCUCUGCCAGCCAGGACCAGAGGGGGGCACUAGAGGCCAUAUCUGAGGUGUUAACCGUAAAGAUGGGAGAUGUCCUUCACUUUACCUGCAAUGACCCAGAAAAAGCCAUGGCCAUAGUCAACAAAGGCCUUGAUGCUGAGGCCAUGGCCAGGCUGGCGGAUCUCCUUCGCAGCUCCUCUUCUGAAGCCACUGACCAGGAAGGGACAAUAGGAAGUCCCAACCCAGAGUUGAGUUUAGGCUUCACCAACCAGGAAGUUUGCCAGUCGGAGAAGGCUGACAUCAUCAUUUCCUGGUUGCCCCCAAGGCCCUCUGAGACCCCCUCCCUCCAGCCUGGGGAGGUUCUGAUCCAGGAGAAGGUUUGGACAACCUCCGGGCCCAGUGCCCUGCACCACCAGACCCUGCGGGACUUCCUGCACGGGCUGAUGGUACACCUAGCCCUCCAGGAGUCCCCGUCGACCACCAGCGCCCCCACCCCCUCGAAGCUAGAGGCUACUCUCCUUCAGAAAGUGGGAUGGAUUCUUUGGACCCAAGACGGGAUCAGCCUCACCCUGGAUCACCAGCCCCAGAGCCCGUUCUUCAGUGGCACAGACGCCUUUGAGGCCAUGUUGGAGGCGGGCUACGCUAAGCUGUCACUCAGCUCUAACAGUAGCAGGGCCCUGCUCCGCUCUGCUCGCCACGGAGAAGCGGGAGCCAUUUGCUGCCUGGCCCAGACCAUCGCCACGGUGAUCUGCCGCCACGCCGAGGACUGGUUGUGA